AUGGAACAACAAAUACAUCAAGCAGUUGAAAUAGCGCUAAGUGGGACAGCUGAUCCAACAUUGAAAAACCAGGCAUUUGAAUUUAUUAAUCACAUUAAAUCAACAGAGGAAGGGUAUAAAGCAUGUGUAGAUAUUUUGAUCAAAUCAAGCAAUGAAAGCAUCAACGAUGGGUUAAAGUUUUUCGUUUACCAAGUGAUUGAUGAGAAUAUCGAUAAAUUGAAUCAGGAACAAGUCUUUGCAUUGAAUCAGGAACUUUUCAAAUGUUUAUCAUGCUAUAUCAAUAAUAAUUUACAGGAUCCUGCUCAUUUGAGAAAUAAAUUUGCCCAAAUCCUCGCAAAACAGUUUUGUCAAGUGUAUAUCAAUAUUUAUCCUAAUUUCAUUAAGGACUUGCUUGACUUGAUCAAUGUGUCUGAGCCAGCUACCACUAAUUCCAACAACCUCUUGGCUAUUGAUUAUUAUACAAGGAUUUUAAUUGGGAUUCACUCGGAAAUUGGUGACAAGUAUAUCACAAGGUCCCAAGAAAUACAUGAUAGAAAUAAUCUUUUGAAGGAUGCCAUUCGUACUCAAGAUAUGCAACAAAUGGUGACCAGUUGGAUCCAAAUUUUAGCCAAUCCAUCGUUUGCACACUCAGAGGAAAUUUUGAACAAUACCCUUAAGAUUGUUGGGCAGUAUGUCAGUUGGAUGGAGAUUUCAUUAUUUAUUUCCCCCGAAUUUAUCAACACUGUUUUCAGCUUUUUACAGAAUCUGCAAUUGAGAAAUACAACUUGUGAAACUUUGAUAGAUAUAAUUUCUAAAAAAAUGGCUCCAGAAAAUAAACUAGAAUUGCUUUCAUUGUUGAACUUGACAGAUUUUAUCAGUACAUUGAAUUUAAUUGAUAAAAACAAUACUGGUGACAAGAGCAGUGAGGACAACGACGAUGAAGAUGUUGAAUUUAUGGAAUUUGUUGCCAAAUUAUUAAAUCAAAUUGGACAAGAAUUGUUAAUAGUUUUAGAAAAUCAAUCGGGUUUAUUGGAACAAGUCAAUGCUCAAUUGUUCAAGUUAUGGCCAGCAAUUUUGGGAUGUUUAAACCAUAAUUAUGAUGACGUUUCUCAAAAUGUGUUCCCGUUUUUACAACAGUUUUUAACCUUGAGUAAAAAAACCCGGCAAUUAUAUACCGUGGAUUUGAUGUCUACUCUCUUAAAUAAAUUGAUAUUGAAAAUGAGAUUUGAUGACGAUGAUGAUGGGGUUCUGGAUGAGGAUUCCCAAGCUCAAUUUUUGGAUUUCAGAGCAAAGUUAAAAAGCUUUCAGGAUACUAUUGCCCUCUUAGAACCACAGUUGUACCUUGAAUCAAUUCCAAUAAUAAUUAAUGAGUCUAUUUUUGAAACCAAUAUUGACAACAUUAAUAACGUCAACUGGAGAAAAAUAGAAUUGGGAUUGUAUCAAUUGAAUGGGUUCUCCGAUAGCAUUAGAAACAACGUUUUCCAAAUAUCGAGAAAUGAAAUUAACCAAAGCAAACCAUACUUGAUUUUCCAGGAAUUCUUAAUCAAAUUGAUUAAUUCCGAUUUAAUCUUGAAAAUAAACCAUCCUAUGAUUCAAUCAAACUUUUUUGAAUUAAUUGUCAAGCAUUAUAAUUUCUUGGUUAGUCGAGAAUCAAAUUUUCAAUUGAUUAUCAAGAUUCUACAAAUUUUCACAAGUCCAUUGGGAUUGUUUAAUGACAAUGAAAAAGUUCGUAUUCGAAGCUGGUAUUUGUUUUUCCGGUUCAUCAAAUUAACCAAGCCUAAAUUGGAUAAUGAAACAUUGAUUGAAUCGAUAGUGGUGAAGAUGCAACCAUUAUUGGUGAUUAAGGCAGAGUUGCCAACAAAAGAUGAAGACGAUGAUAUUGUUGAGAAUGGUAAUUUCAACAAUCAACAAUAUCUAUUUGAAACAAUGGGGUUGUUGAUAUCUUUGAUCCCUAAUGAAUUGUCUCAAUUAAAACUGAAGUUGAUUGAUUUGAUUUUCCAGCCAAUUUUCAGCGACCUAGAAAAGUGUAUUUCUAUCCCUGAAUCGCAACGAGAACCAAUUGUUAUUUUACAGGCACACCACUCUUUACAAGCAAUUGGUACCUUAGUACGAGGAUAUGAUUAUGAGUCGGGGUUAAAGUUUUUGCCUGAUGUCGUUGCCAAAAUAGACAAUGCCGCUCAAGUUGUUUUAAUCACAUUGGAAAACUUUUCGAGCCACGAAAUGAUUAGGGACGCUACUAGAUUUGCCUUUGCCAGAUUUAUUCCAAUUUUCAAAAGCGACAAUGAUAAUAAUGGCAAGAACAAUUUAAUAAUUAGCCAACACUUGUCGAAAUUGAUAACUGUUAUUUGGUCAUCAUCAAAUUUGAAAAUUAGUGAAUAUAGUGAUUUCUUAAGUUUUCUUGGACAAAUAGCUCAUAACUUUAAAACAGACGACAACAUAUACCAGUUGUUAAAUAACUUUAUAACACCAUUAUUUCAAAAAAUAUUUCUGGUUUUGCAAAGCCCAGUAAUUGAAGACGAGAAUUUGCGACCAGAUAUCAUUAGAGAUAAGAAUUCCCUUAAACGAGCAAUUUUAAACUUUAUCAGUUCAAUCGUUAUGAAUCAUCUUUCAAGUUUGUUGAUCACUGAGUCAAAUAAACAAGAAUUGCCAGAAAUCAUUGGUAAAGUGUUUGAAUAUUCUUACGAUUUGGGCGAUACGGCCACGUCAAAAUUAGCCAUUGUCCAAUUGACCAAUUUUGUUAAUGUUUUUGGUGGAAGUGGAGGUAAAUUGGACGAUAAAGAGGACAAAUACAGCGAAAAUUUACCACCAAUUGAAGGUAUAGAUGAAUUCUUGAUCAACAAAGUAAUCAAUCUUUCGUUUGAAUUGCCAUUUCAAAAACAAGAAUUUAAUUUGAACGAUGCACAAUAUCGAUUAAUUGCACAAGAAAUUGCCGUAUUGUUGAAGAGUUUUGAAUUGAAAAAACAUGAUGAAUUUAUAGUUGUCUUGAGUAAUUAUUUGUUGAAUAUGGGAUUAUCUCAAGAUUUAUGUAAUGACUUUUGCUUGAACUUGCAUAAUUUGGAUUUGAAAGAUUUCAAAAAGUAUUUUAUUAAUUUUAUCAACAAAAUGAAAAAUGGGAAAUAA